CAGAAAAAGUAUAUUUUGGAUCACAGAAAAAACACUGACCAAUGGGCCCUUCUCCGCCAUAUCCAACAAACAUCCCCCACCUCAACACUAACCCCAUCAUUGCCAUCAAGAAUUCUCAUUGCUUUCACCAACAAUUACACCCACACAAUUCCCACAACUCCAUCUUCUUUUACUAUCUGGUUCAACCCUUUCCAUUCAGAGUUUCUCGGGAUUGUUUUCUUGUUUUUUGAUGGUGUAUUGAUCUUUUUCAAAUAGUGAAACAAGCUUGAUUAUUAGGUAUUGGGUUUGGUGAUGGGUUCUUGUUGAGGAAGUGGGUGGAGUUGGGGUUCUUUCUGGUUUCAGUAUAAUGGGAAAUUGUUGGUGUAGGUGGAAACCUUCAAUUUACAGAGUCUCAUCUAAUGCAAAGUCAGAGUCACCAAAGGAUCAGAGCCCAUCGGUGAAACCAAUGAAGGACAUUAGAAAGUUACCGUCAAAUCCUGAAGAAGUAGAGGACCUGCGUCGUGAUUCAGCGGCAAAUCCAUUGAUCGUGUUCACAUUCAAUGAACUCAAGCAAAUUACUGGAAAUUUUAGACAAGAUUAUGUGUUGGGUGGAGGAGGAUUUGGAAGUGUUUAUAAAGGGUUUGUUACAGAGGAUCUAAUGGAGGGGCUUCAGCCCCUCCCUGUAGCCGUUAAAGUUCAUGAUGGCGACAACAGUUUUCAAGGCCACAGAGAAUGGCUGGCUGAAGUCAUAUUCUUGGGGCAGCUUUCCCAUCCAAAUUUGGUGAAACUCAUUGGAUACGGCUGCGAGGAUGAACAUCGGGUAUUAGUAUAUGAGUACAUGGCUCGUGGUAGUGUGGAAAACAAUCUAUUCUCGAGAGUACUGCUUCCUCUUUCAUGGUACAUUAGGAUGAAGAUUGCAUUUGGUGCUGCAAAAGGGCUUGCCUUUCUGCAUGACGCUGAGAAACCUGUCAUCUAUCGUGAUUUUAAGACAUCUAACAUUUUGUUAGACCUGGACUACAAUCCAAAGCUCUCUGACUUUGGCCUUGCAAAAGACGGACCAGAGGGUGAUAAAUCUCACGUCUCUACUCGCAUAAUGGGAACAUAUGGUUAUGCAGCACCUGAGUAUAUCAUGACUGGCCAUCUGAGUCCUAGAAGUGAUGUUUACAGCUUUGGGGUUGUUCUCUUAGAACUUCUCACAGGGAGGAAAUCUCUAGACAAGUCCAGACCAGCCCGAGAACAGAACCUUACAGACUGGGCUCUCCCAUUGCUUAGAGAGAAGAAGAAAUUGCUCAACAUCAUAGACCCAAGAUUAGAAGGAGACUAUCCUGUGAAAGGAGUUCACAAGGCAGCCAUGCUAGCUUAUCAUUGCCUGAACCGGAACCCAAAAGCAAGGCCUCUCAUGCGAGACAUAGUAGAUUCCUUGGAGCCUCUUCAGGUUGCCACUGAUGUUUCCCCUGACAAACAGACUUUUACUGUGAUUACUAAUGAGGUUCCAAAUGCAGCAGUGUAACAUAACUACACGGGUUUUGGUUUCUUUUCCUGAAGCUUCUUCUCCUGUUUUAAUGGAGAAUUUUUUGCACAUCAGAUAAAUAUAUGCCCUUUGUUGCAGGCACCUAAAAAGAAACCUCUGCCAUCUUUUCUUGGCUAGAUGAAGUAUAGCUAUGACACUCACUCAGCAGUUCAAUUA